CCACAUAUUCAGUCUGGAAUCCUGAUCAAGAUGCAAAUAGCAACUUUACCUUAUCCUUGCACUCUUCUGUCAGAACAUACUUCAUUAAAUGUAUUAUUACCUCUCUUCCAGUACUCAACCUGUUCAAAGAACGCAAACCUAAUCUUUAUCCUUCUGAUACUUGCUUCAGAUGCAGCAAAAAACAAGAAACACAACAACACAUCUGGUCAUGCUCUGUCUCUCAACCUCUUUCAAGACAUUAUCUCUGA